AUGGCAAUCAGUACAUGGUUCAACGUUUCAAUAUCAUCUCCGGUUGCCGAUCCAUCGCAGCUUAGCUCGGAACAUUGUUGGGGUGUAAAGCCACUCAGAAUUCCCAUGUCCAAUGCCCAUCUUACACAUCCUAAGCUCUUCACUAACCGGGCGGGCGUUUCACGCCGGGAAGCACACAGCACGGUGAUUCUUUCCCGCUCACUACACCUCAUCGCAGAAUAUGCGGCUUACGGCCUCGGACAUCAAGCGCCUUCCGCGUGGAUGAAGAUUCCGCCGAAUGGGAUAGUCAACAUCUGGCAGCGCAUAUCUAGCACGUCGUCCGCGCUGUUGCGCCCGCUCUUUCUCUCCCCUCGGGAUCGCAUGCUCCUCCACUUCGUCUUUGGGCUGACGGCUGUCACCUAUGCCGCAGCUGCUGUCACACCACUACAGUUCACUGUUUAUCAUCCGCACGAUCCCAAUGUCAUAGUCGGCGCAACUUCGUCGACAUCUGGAACAGCGACCUCGACAUCGCCGGGUGCCGCGGCAACCUACACCGGGGCUGCUGCUUACGAUCCACGAACCCUCAGUCCUCCUGCCCCUCCGAAUCCGCCUAUCACAACUUCGUUUUCCGUCCAGCUUCCGACGGGUGGCAUGCCUAACUUGUCUAUUCCACUUGCUGGCUCGUUUAUGGGUUUCUCUAUCGAGAUGUCGAUCGCGCAACAGAUCAUUGGAAAGAAUAGCUCGUUUUUGAACGUCCCGUUCUUAAAUCUGAUGUCAAAUAUCGUCGCUCGUGCGGGGUCUGUUGUGAUCCGUGUUGGAGGAAAUACGCAGGAGAACGCCGUUCUUGUGAAUGAACUUCCGAACGGCACCAUCAUCAGCAAGGAUACAUCCGUCAAGGGGACACCUACCAUCGACUACACCAGCGACCUCAUGCAGAUGAUGGCGAACGUUUCGCAGCUGCUCAAUGCAUGGUGGUAUCUUGGUAUCCCAUUCUUCAAUACCACACCCUUCGACUUGAGCAUAGCCCAGCAGGGCCAGACGAUUCUCGGCGACCGGCUACUCGCACUGCAAGCCGCGAAUGAGCCUGACUUAUAUUCCAAGCACGGACACCGGGAUUCGACCUACACACCUUCCUCCUAUAAGGACGAGAUCGGCGCGCUCAUAUCUCAGAGUGAUAGCGAUAACGGCAUCCCGCGCAAAGAUGGCCUUUGGCUUGUCGCGAGCUCUUCCACUGGGGAGUACAACGAAAACAUCUGGAGCCCUGAUGCCAUAUGGGCGACUGGUAUCGUCGAUGAUUACGAACAGCAACUCAAUGCUCUGACAGUGCAAAGGUAUCCGAACAACAACUGCGCUGCCGUUUAUGGCACUGGCACGCCCGUGGUACCCCAGGACGUGUUCGCGGAUUAUCUCACGCAUACUGGUGUUGUCUCCCUGGCUUCACAGUACCUCACUUCCUCUCAAGUUGCUCUCAGUCACAGCAAACCACUCAUUAUGUUUGAAACAAACUCCGCGUCAUGCAGUGGAUUCGUUGGAAUUUCCGAUGCUUUCGCCAGUGCGCUGUGGGGCUUAGACUGGAGUUUGCAGCUCGCGGCCACGAAUUUCACCGGCGCUCUCUUCCAUGUCGGUGGACAGGGCGCAUACUACAAUCCGUUCACUCCUCCGCCUACGAACCAAAGCUCGUUCAGGCAAUGGUCGGUUGGGCCUAUCUACUACUCGGCGUUAAUCAUGGCGGAGGUACUCGGUGCCAGCAAUCAAUCCCGCGUCGUCGAUCUCAAUAUGAACAGCGGUCAGCCUCUGACGCCAGGAUACGCGAUAUACGAGGGCGCCACUCCGACAAAAGUUGCCCUGAUUAACUACAUCGACGACCCUUCGGGCGCGCAGGCCUACACGGCGCAGAUCACGCUAAGCGGUGCAUCGCCUUCAUCAGUACGGGUCAAGCGUUUGAGCGCUUCUUCUGUCUCGCAGAAGGGUAACUAUACGUGGGCUGGGCAGACGUUUGGGAACAACUUUGAGUCUGACGGGCGUUUGAUGGGCGUGGAGAGCGUCGACACGGUUCAGUGCAGCAACGGAGUCUGUUCCGUCACCGUUCCUGCACCUGGCUUCGCACUCGUCUUCUUGACCGACAACGCGUUCUCCGCAGUAGAGGAUAUGACACCGAUGACCUUCCCCACGACCGCGGUGACUGCCACUGUCAAUACCGCGCACGUUGUUCCCAGCGUGCUGGCCUCGAGCAACGGGCACCACGACAUGACGGGACAGUGGGAUACCACAAGCCCUGGUAGCGCUCAAUCGGUUUUCAGCGCAGCAAGGACAACGCGUACCUUUCCCAGCGUGGGGAUCCUGCUCGGUAUAGCUCUUGGCGCUGCGCUACUUGGCACACAUUAA